CUAAGCUUCGUUGUUUGUUGUAACGUCUGCUAGAAUGGCAGCGAUAAAAUUGAUUUGGACUCUCUUUAUAAAUUUAACAAUAUGUGUAAUUCUAACUGUGGCAGAGAGAGAUUUUUAUGCCAUUUUAGGCGUACCAACAACAGCAAGUCAACAUGCAAUAAAAAAAGCAUACAGAAAGUUGGCAAAGGAAUUACAUCCUGAUAAAAAUAAAGAUGAUCCAAAUGCUUCUCAGAAAUUUCAAGAUCUCGGUGCAGCUUACGAAGUUCUAUCAGAUAAUGAGAAGAGAGAAAUAUAUGACAAAUGUGGAGAAGAAUGUUUUAAAAAAGAUGGUACGAUGAACAAUGUUGAGCCAUUUCCAAGUUUCUUUGGUGAUUUUGGUUUUCAUUUUGGUGGAGAAUCUCAUCAUCAACAAGAAACACCUAAAGGUUCUACUGUCAUAAUGGAUUUAGUAGUUACUCUAGAAGAAUUAUAUAGCGGGAAUUUCAUAGAGAUAACAAGAAAUAAGCCAGUAAUGAAGGCAGCGAAAGGAGUAAGGAAGUGUAAUUGCAAGCAAGAGAUAGUUACUCGAAAAUUAGGAAAUGGUCGAUUUCAAAUGAUGCAUCAAUCAGUUUGCGCAGAGUGUCCAAAUGUUAAAUUUGUUACCGAAGAACGUGUGUUUGAGAUUGAAAUAGAAGCUGGUAUGGUAGAUGGACAAGAGAUUAAAUUGACAGCAGAAGGUGAACCACAUUUGGAUGGAGAACCUGGAGAUCUAAUUUUAAAGAUACGAACACAACCACAUGAAAUUUUUGAAAGAGUCGGCGAUGAUCUGUACACAAAUGUUACUAUAUCUAUGCAAGAUGCUCUAAUAGGUUUCAAAAUGAACAUAGAACAUUUAGAUGGUCACAAAGUGGCUAUUCAGAGGGAUAAAAUAACUAAACCAGGAGCUCGUAUUAAGAAAAAGGGGGAAGGAAUGCCUAAUUACGAGAAUAACAAUCUUCAUGGCGCUUUAUAUAUUACAUUCGACGUGGCAUUCCCUGAGACAGAAUUCACAGAUGCACAGAAAGAAGAAAUAAAAAAUCUAUUCCAACAAAAUUCUGUAAAUCGAGUUUAUAACGGAAUAAGGGAAAAUUAAAAAAUUCAAGUGUAACGUAUGUACAAAGUGACACUAUAAAGAGUGCAUACAACUGAAGUGCGUGUAUUGACUUUGUGUGUUUCUAUACCAAGUGGUGUUUUCGCUUCCUUGAAACAUGGCUACCAACAGGUUUGGUAACCUGCUAUUAGGUCAGUUGAAGUGGAUACAUAUAGCGUAACAUAAUAACCAUUGCAAGUACACGUACUUCCUCUUUGAUUAUAAAAAAUCGGUCGAAUACUAUUAUUGCCAAUUAUCGAUAUGUAUAUUAGCAAUGGUUAAACAUUUUAUUUAACAGAAUAAGUUAUUUUUCGUUUAAUAUGCGUGGGUGAUGUAUGAGUGUUUUACAUGAACAGAAAUUUUGCAUUUAAAUAGUAAGAGGUACUCCAUUGAUCAAGUUCUUAAACAUUGGGUUUAGUAUUGAAAUACAAAGAAUUAGCAAAGUAUUGUAU